UGCGGCAAGCUCUUCAACGGGCUGCGCUGCACCGAGGAGUGCCGGGGCGUCAUCGAGGACAUGCUGGCCGUGCCCAAGGCGCUGCUGCUCAACGACUGCGUGUGCGACGGCCUGGAGCGGCCCAUCUGCGAGUCGGUCAAGGAGAACAUGGCUCGCCUGUGCUUCGGGGCCGACGCUCUGGGCCCCGGCAGCAGCGGCGCCUCGGACAGCGCCUCCGAGGACUACUACGAAGAGGACUACGAGGAGGAGCCCAGCCAGCCCACGAGAAAUUACUUCGACGACAUGGCCGCGGUCGCGGGCGGCGAGGCGGCUUUCCCACGGAAGCCCGGGGACGGCGGGACAGCCCCCGUGGCUGCCUGGACGCUGCUCUCGGUUGCCUCCAUGCUGCUGCUGCUGCUGCUGCUCUCGUAGCCUUGACUUGGGAGACGCUCCUGAGGGGCGCUGGGGGCCGCCUGGGCCGUUGAAGAGCUGGGAGAGGGAGGAAAGCUGGGCUGGGCUGGGCUGGGCUGGCCGCGCGGCGCUUGGCCUGUGGGGCGUCUCUGCUGGCUAGUGAGAGCUUCUGAGAGCUUCCCCGGCUCUUUCCUCACCGCGUGGCAGGGUAUCUCCCGAGCAACGUGGCAGCUUGCGAAGAGGAGUCCCCCGAAACAGGCCAGUAUCCUUGAGCGUCUUGGCUGGGCUUCCCUAGUUUCAUCGGUGGAGAGAAGCUCCGUGGCGCAAGUCCUCCGAGUUGGCCAGUCCCCUCGUGUGAAUCUUGGCCGGGACCUUGGUUUGCUCUGUGUUCCUAGUUGGGUAAAGAUCUGUCUCCCCUCGCUGUGGGCAUUUUCCUCUCCUCCCUUCACUUUUAAAAAUGAUGCUGAAAGGGAUGCUCCCAUUGUGUUAAAUUCCCUUUUUAAUUUAGGAAAAGGGAAUCUAGUACAAUUAUAAAGCUGUGGAAUUUGUUACUGGGCCCUUCAUUUACCCACACUUUUCUUUAGAAGUGUGUCCAGUUAGUGUCCAAAAUUAGUAUGCUUUGGAAUUCAGCUGUAGGUUUUACAUAUAUUGCACAUGAGAUAUUUUAUGAGAUAAUAAGAAACGUCUUGAUUAUGCAUGUCAGGGGUGUAGAUUAUGCAGUGUUUAUUUUGCUGUGUGCACAGACAUCACCACUUGCAGCUGCCCAAUUUGUACAUGCAGCUAAGUGUGGCUACUUUCUUCCCACCCUGUAGGCAUCCAACUAGGAAAAACACAGUAUGCGUGACAUACCUGUACAUGUGCACUAUGCAAAUUGUUGCCGUUUGGCAAAGGAGUUUAAAGAACACUGUAAGCAGAUUGUCUCAUGGUUAAAGCCAACUUGAAAACAAUAAAUGUACCAAUGACUGCUUUUUCCCCAAGCUGUCCACAUGAAGGUAGGAAGGUUUCCUUAGAAUGCUUCCAAAACUGCUGCUUUGCAUAACCAUUCAACAAGCUGAAGUAACGCCUACCACCCACUGUCCUGUGUUAACAUUCACAGAAUUCAUAAUGAUGCUUGAAGAUGCAGUUUUGAUUCUUUUUAAUUGGAUAGGUGUGCAGGCACAGAGGGAAGAGGUUUCAGAGUUGUUUUGAAGAUUCAUCUGUGGUAUGUUUAGGACUUUUUUGCAGAAUGAAGUAUGAUAAUUGCAUGUACUUUGUUACGUUUGAUGAUUACAUGUACUUCGGUUUUACUUUCUUGGGGCAUUUCCUUGGAAGCUUUAAUUAGCGAUGGCUCCCAAGCUUUGUGGGCAAGUAGUAAAGAUACAUACAUCUCUACAUCCCAGUGAUGAUACACGAGUUCAUUCUAGAUGCCUGUGCUGAUACCUAGGUUCGUUCUGUUUUUAUUUUUUUUCCCUAUAGUAAUGGUUUCUCUCCCUGUCCAGUGUUUGUGGUGGUUCUUGCAUCACUUAGAAUUGCAAUACAAAAGUUCACCAGCAAAUCUCUCUUGCCUCAGCCUAGGAGAAAAAAAUGCUGAACUGUUGGCUAUUGAACAAUGCAACCUUUGUCUCUAAAGAGCUCUGCACUGCCAUCUUCAAAAGAUACUUUUAAAACUCAAUAUGUAAAAAUAUCCUGAAAAGUUAUAUUGCCUCUAAUCCUAUCAGGGGACUGACCCCUGGUAAAUUUUAUAUAAAAUGUAUUUAAAACUGGUUUUGUUACCAGCUGUUCUCACUUGUAUAUAGAAUUUUAUAAAUUGUAUACUUUGGGAAUAAUUUAUUUUUUAAGAAAUUAAAGUUUUAAAUGUGCCCCACCUGGAAAAAAUAAUACAUCUGUUAUUCUUUUAUUGUAAAGUGACAGAUAUAAUUUGGAAUGUUAAGGAAUACAAGCAACAGUAAUUCCCUAGAUGAAUUAAAUGUACAGAGCUUUUUCAAAUAGAUCUGAAGUUAACUUCUGUAUUGUUUGAGGGACUUAUGAAUUUUGUAGAAUUGUAUAAAUGUUUCUCUGAACUUCCUUGAACAUUGUAUUUUUAUAGAAUGUGUGAAAAGGCCCUAUGUUUUAAAUAUCUAUUGAUUGUGUAUUUUUAUGUGUAAAUUAGUAAAGAGAGAUUUUUAAAGAAGAGUUAUGGUAAAGUUGUUUUUGAGACAUUACACUGCUCUAGAGACCACUCCAAAUAGGAACAGAGUGGAAUAUAAAUGGAAAUAGUUGUGAAAUAAAUUCAUGGGAUUCAGUAGUAUUGCUCUGAAUGUGAGCAAGUGGAGAGCUUGCCAGCUGUAUCUUAAGUAGUUGUUGGUAAUGGCUUGCCUUCAAAAGUAUCUCCUUUCAGUAAAAAUGAUACAGAUAUGAAUUAUGUUAGCAUAGCAACAGGUUGGUGUAUGAUUGGGGACAAUUCCAAUUCUGAUUUUUGUAUUUCCAUAGAAGCACAGUGUUAUGUCCCAGCUUUCUCAUUGAAAUACAGAAUUUUUGUGGGUGGCAAUUCAUAGGAAGGCCUCUGUUUUUAGAUAAGUACCAAACCCAUAGUCAACUAUGUAAAGAGCAACACAUUUAGAAUAAUGUUGCUGAAUUAGAACCACUUUGCAAACCGGCUCACCUUCUUUUCAUGCAGAAGAGAGCAGAUAGAAUGAAGCAUCUGUGACCAACAAUGACAAGCCCGUGUCUUACACUGCCCUUAGCAGUUGUUUUGCAGCCCUCUGAAGGCUGGUUUUCUGCCAGAGCUACUGAUCUACACUCAAACACCCUUAGAUAAAUAAUUACGCUCUUAAGCUGUCUCGAGUGCUGAUACACUUGACCUUGUAAAUAGAAAUGUUUGCAGUAAGAAUAAACUCUCAGCAUUUGAAAAUCUUUUAAACAUUAACACAAAAGAGAGAGCUUGGUCCUCGGGGGGAUUGAGUUUGAACUGUGCCAAGCUAGGCACUUGCUUAAAAAAAAGAGUUUAUUUAUCUUGUAUCCCUGCUGUUUAUUUAAAACCUCUUUUUCAAUGCUGUGAUUGGAAGACAAGUCAGAAGAUUAAAAGCUGUAACAAAUAAACCUUGACUGCGGAGGAAGAAAGAUCAGUAGGAGCUGUUAUGCUUUCUUAGAUAACAUUUUUUUGGUGUGUGAAAACCAUCAGACCUAAUUGUUGUUAGAAGCAUUUAACAAAACUGUAAAUUUAGUAUCUGCUGUUUCCACCACAAUGCACUAUAUCAUUCACCAUUUUCUUUAGAAUAUUGCUGUUUUUCAUUAGUCCAUUGAAACUGACAUUAAAAUAAACAGCUCCACU